UAGACGUUCGAAUUAGUUGUUUUGAUUUUGUGGAGAUCUGUGAAUCAUAGAGCAAACAAGUAAGGAUAUUUUUCUUGAUUAGGCUAGAAAGUUUCUUGCUACGGUAUUCAGCGUACAUAGCGAAUAUUCUUUCUGUCAACUUUCAGGAUGAUGGAAGGAUUGGAGUCGCUGCCAGGGCUACCUGAAACCAAUGGCAACACAACUCCUAGAGUUAUGGAUGGUACAGAAAAAGUAAAAGAAGUGAGAGGAGAGACUGUGGAGCUCUUGGACAACCCUCUUGCCGUUGACAUCUCAGAUGCCCUCAGCGAGAGAGAGAAAGUCAAGUUUUCUGUACACACCAAGACGACUCUGCCAGAAUACAGCAAGAAUGAGUUCUGUGUCGUGAGACAGCAUGAGGAAUUCAUUUGGCUUCAUGACAGAUAUGAAGAGAAUGAAGACUAUGCAGGCUAUAUUAUACCACCGCCUCCCCCACGUCCGGAUUUUGAUGCAAGUCGGGAGAAGCUGCAGCGGCUGGGUGAUGGUGAGGGAUCCCUCACAUCCGAUGAGUUCAAGAAGAUGAAGCAGGAGCUUGAGGCAGAGUAUCUUGCCAUCUUCAAGAAGACGGUGGCAAUGCAUGAAGUCUUCCUGACUCGGUUAGCACAGCAUCCUGUCUUCAGACGCGACAACAACCUUAAAGUCUUCCUUGAAUAUGACAGCGAUUUGUCAGUGCGGUCGAAGAACAAGAAGGAGCGCAUGGAAGGACUCUUCAAGACCUUCAACAAGUCCACCGAUGAACUCCUGCUCUCCGCCACACAGAAGGAUGUUGAUGACACCUUCGAGAAAGAGAAGAACUUCCUGCUGGAGUACCACACAGCCAUCAAGGACGCUGCUAAUAAAGCCGACAGAAUGGCUAAGGCACAUAAAAACGUGGCAGACUCUUGCAUCAAAGUCUCAGCAUGUCUUGUCAACCUGGGCACCAUCGAGGGCCCCGCACUCGACUCAUUCUGUUCCGUGCUGGCAGACCACUUCGAGAAAAGCAGGAAGAUAGAAGGUCACCUGUCCAGCGAUGAGGACUUGAAGCUGGUAGACACCCUGCGCUACUACCAGCGCGACUCUAGCGCCGCUAAGGACCUCCUCUACCGGCGCCUGCGCUGCCUCGCUGACUACGAGCACGCUAACAAGAACCUCGACCGUGCUAGGGCUAAGAACAAGCACGUGCACGCG